CCCGCCGGGCCCGGGGCCGGGGGCGGCGAGGUCACGUAACGGCUGCUCUGGCGUCUACCCGGGGAGGGGGCGCCCUCCCCGGCAGCCGGAGCCCUCCUGAGCGCGCCGCGGCUCCGAAACAGUUACCGGCUCGUAAACAACAGCUGCGCGCGCACCCGCAUCAGCUGGCGCCGGUAUCCCGCACCUGCGACCUCCUCCGCCCCUCAUCCCCGCCGCCCCCUCCUGCUUAACCCGGGCCAGCCUGCGAGGCCAUCUCCUCUCUUGCUAGGACCCGAAGGAAGAACGGCGAGGGGCUGACCUGCGCCGCGGCCCUGGUGGGGGAGAAAGCGUCCUCCGGCAAAGGGGUGGCCCGUCCUGUCACACGCAGGAGAAACCCAGCGAGCCGACCGUGGGCUCGAUGGACUAGCGACGACCUGCCACGACCCUGAGCUGCAGUCCGAGGGAUCUUGAUCUGCUCGCUAGCCGCCGCCUUCCAGAUCCUAGGGACCGUUCUGCCAGAAGAGCGGGUGGGCCACCCCCGCAGACCUCUUGGAGACGGGAAUCCGCUCUGCCCCUGCAUCCUCUGCUCACCCUUUUCAUUCUCCUCUAUCCAGUAGUGUGGGGUAUUUUUCCCGUUAUGCAUGCGCAUCUCUCCUACCAGACCCAAGUGGAUUAUUGGCCUCCCAAAUAUCGGCUGGCUCUACACACACCACCCAGCCAGACCUGUGGGGUAUUCACCUGAUACACAACAGGUGGCCGGUGUACACCGUUUCGCAAUCUGAUCUGUGCUAUAUUCGCCUGAUAAGGGUGGGCCUGCGCGCACUUUGUUCAACUAGAACCGUGGGACAUUUACCAGAUAAAAGACUUAACUACCUCGGCAGAAACCUGGGGGUCGGGGGGAGAAAGGCUUCACCUGCUUCUCUGAGACCAUGGCACUGAGCCCGCAGCCCUGGACCAGGGGAGACAGCUAAAUCACUCUUCUUUCUGAAGGAACGAAGUUCCACGAGAUUGGCAUCGUUUUGUCUUUUUUUUUUUUUCCUUAAAUAUUUACUGGUUGUGCACUUUCUAGGAUAGUCCGUUUGAAUUCUGAGUAGAAUUCUUAUUUGGGACUUUUUGUGUGGUGUAAAUCAAGGUUAUUGAGGGUUUUUUAAAAAGUUAUCUUUUCUAUUUUUGCAAUCAAAAGUAAGCGUAGGAGGAAGGAUUUUGCGGGGUUUUCCUUUUUUCUUUGUUCUUAUAAAGGAAAAGAGAAUAAUGCAUCCUCCAGAAACCACCACCAAGAUGGCUUCAGUUCGGUUCAUGGUGACACCAACGAAGAUCGAUGACAUUCCAGGUUUGUCAGAUACCAGCCCGGACCUCAGCUCCCGAUCCAGUUCCCGAGUAAGAUUUAGCUCACGGGAAAGUGUGCCUGAAACAAGCCGUAGUGAGCCUAUGAGUGAGAUGUCUGGAGCCACCACUUCACUAGCAACUGUUGCACUGGAUCCAGCUAGUGACCGGACUUCUAAUCCCCAGGAUGUUACCGAGGACCCGAGUCAGAACUCCAUCACAGGGGAACACAGCCAGCUGUUAGAUGAUGGGCAUAAGAAAGCUCGAAAUGCUUAUCUCAACAAUUCCAAUUAUGAAGAAGGAGAUGAAUAUUUUGAUAAAAACUUGGCACUCUUUGAGGAAGAAAUGGACACCAGACCAAAGGUAUCUUCUCUCCUCAACCGUAUGGCCAAUUAUACUAAUCUGACACAAGGAGCGAAGGAACAUGAAGAGGCAGAGAACAUCACUGAGGGGAAAAAGAAGCCCACUAAGACCCCUCAAAUGGGUACUUUCAUGGGUGUCUACCUCCCAUGCCUACAAAAUAUUUUUGGAGUGAUCUUGUUUCUACGCCUUACAUGGGUCGUGGGCACAGCUGGAGUUCUUCAGGCCUUUGCAAUUGUCCUUAUCUGCUGCUGCUGUACAAUGUUGACUGCUAUCUCCAUGAGUGCCAUUGCCACAAAUGGAGUGGUGCCAGCUGGGGGCUCAUACUUUAUGAUUUCCAGAGCACUGGGCCCAGAGUUUGGUGGGGCUGUUGGCCUCUGCUUUUAUCUUGGUACCACAUUUGCAGCUGCCAUGUAUAUCCUUGGUGCCAUUGAAAUUUUUCUGGUAUAUAUUGUCCCCCGAGCUGCGAUCUUUCGUAGCGAUGAUGCACUCAAGGAAUCAGCAGCCAUGCUCAAUAACAUGCGUGUCUAUGGCACAGCCUUCUUGGUCCUCAUGGUAUUGGUGGUGUUCAUCGGUGUACGCUACGUGAACAAAUUUGCCUCACUUUUCCUGGCCUGUGUCAUUGUGUCCAUCUUGGCCAUCUAUGCUGGAGCCAUCAAGUCUUCUUUUGCCCCUCCACACUUCCCGGUCUGCAUGCUGGGUAACCGCACCCUUUCAUCAAGACACAUUGAUAUUUGCUCUAAGACCAAGGAAAUUAACAACAUGACAGUACCGUCAAAGUUAUGGGGCUUCUUCUGUAACUCAAGUCAGUUUUUCAAUGCCACCUGUGAUGAAUACUUUAUUCAUAAUAAUGUCACUUCAAUUCAGGGCAUUCCUGGCUUGGCUAGUGGUGUCAUUACAGAGAAUCUUUGGAGUAAUUACCUACCAAAGGGAGAGAUCAUUGAAAAGCCCUCAGCCAAAUCUUCUGAUGUCUUAGGCAGUUUAAACCAUGAAUAUGUCCUUGUUGACAUCACCACCUCUUUUACUCUUCUGGUGGGGAUCUUCUUCCCCUCUGUCACAGGUAUCAUGGCUGGAUCAAACAGAUCUGGAGACCUGAAGGAUGCUCAGAAGUCUAUUCCCAUUGGCACUAUCCUUGCCAUCCUGACCACCUCCUUUGUCUAUUUAAGCAAUGUUGUCCUUUUUGGUGCCUGUAUUGAAGGUGUUGUUCUUAGAGACAAGUUUGGGGAUGCUGUGAAAGGUAAUCUGGUGGUGGGUACCUUAUCUUGGCCGUCCCCAUGGGUGAUUGUCAUCGGCUCCUUCUUCUCAACAUGUGGGGCUGGACUUCAGAGUCUCACAGGUGCACCAAGACUGCUACAGGCUAUAGCCAAGGAUAACAUCAUACCCUUUCUGAGGGUUUUUGGUCACAGUAAAGCCAACGGGGAACCUACCUGGGCUUUACUUCUAACUGCUGCCAUUGCAGAGCUGGGGAUUCUUAUCGCCUCCCUGGAUCUUGUGGCCCCAAUUCUUUCUAUGUUUUUCCUCAUGUGUUACCUCUUUGUGAACUUGGCAUGUGCAUUGCAGACAUUACUUCGAACACCCAACUGGAGACCCCGGUUCCGCUACUACCACUGGGCCCUCUCUUUCAUGGGAAUGAGUAUCUGUCUGGCUCUGAUGUUCAUUUCUUCCUGGUAUUACGCCAUCGUAGCUAUGGUAAUAGCUGGUAUGAUCUACAAGUACAUCGAGUACCAAGGAGCGGAGAAAGAAUGGGGUGAUGGAAUCCGUGGGCUGUCCCUCAGUGCAGCCCGGUUUGCUUUGCUCCGGCUGGAAGAAGGACCGCCACACACUAAAAACUGGAGGCCUCAGUUACUUGUAUUGCUGAAAUUAGAUGAGGACUUACACGUCAAGCAUCCUCGCCUCCUCACCUUUGCCUCACAACUUAAAGCAGGAAAGGGUCUCACUAUUGUGGGCUCUGUCAUCGUGGGGAACUUCCUGGAGAACUACGGGGAAGCUUUAGCUGCUGAGCAGACCAUAAAGCAUCUAAUGGAGGCAGAGAAGGUGAAGGGGUUCUGCCAGUUGGUGGUGGCGGCCAAGCUGAGGGAGGGCAUUUCCCACCUCAUCCAGUCAUGUGGCCUUGGGGGCAUGAAGCACAACACGGUGGUGAUGGGAUGGCCUAAUGGCUGGCGCCAGAGUGAAGAUGCUCGAGCGUGGAAGACUUUUAUCGGCACAGUUCGAGUGACAACUGCUGCCCAUCUGGCCCUGCUGGUGGCUAAAAACAUCUCCUUCUUUCCCAGCAAUGUGGAGCAGUUUUCUGAGGGCAACAUUGAUGUGUGGUGGAUUGUGCAUGAUGGGGGGAUGCUCAUGUUAUUACCAUUCCUACUUAAACAGCACAAGGUGUGGCGAAAAUGUAGCAUUCGGAUCUUCACAGUAGCCCAACUAGAAGACAACAGUAUUCAGAUGAAGAAGGACCUGGCUACCUUCCUCUACCACCUACGCAUCGAGGCCGAGGUGGAAGUGGUAGAGAUGCAUGACAGUGACAUAUCUGCUUAUACUUAUGAGCGCACCCUGAUGAUGGAGCAAAGGUCCCAGAUGCUCCGGCACAUGCGACUGUCCAAAACAGAGAGGGACAGAGAGGCACAGUUGGUGAAAGACCGGAACUCAAUGCUGCGAUUGACCAGCAUUGGCUCUGAUGAGGAUGAAGAGACAGAAACCUAUCAGGAGAAGGUGCACAUGACUUGGACAAAAGACAAGUACAUGGCAUCCCGGGGACAAAAGGCUAAGUCGAUGGAAGGAUUCCAGGACCUGCUUAACAUGCGUCCAGACCAUUCCAAUGUGAGGCGGAUGCAUACGGCAGUGAAACUCAAUGAGGUUAUAGUUAACAAGUCCCACGAAGCAAAGCUGGUUUUGUUGAAUAUGCCAGGGCCACCCCGAAACCCUGAGGGUGAUGAAAACUACAUGGAGUUCCUAGAAGUGCUCACCGAGGGACUAGAGCGAGUCCUCCUUGUCCGGGGUGGUGGCAGUGAAGUAAUCACCAUUUAUUCAUAAUCUACUCCUGAAGACACUGCUUGGCCUCACCUUUCCUAAAAGGCUUCCAUUCUCCAUGGAAGUGCCAGCUCUUUACUACUACUCCCAUCAAGUAGAGGCCUGGGUUCUGUACACAUCACACUGAACUCUUGACAAGCUGAGCCUCGAGUACUUGUGCAAAAAAGUACACGUAGUUCUGCUCUUUGCUAUCAUAUAAUCUGCUGUCCUUACAGAAGAAGCAGAUAUUUCCUCAACAUCAGAACACUGGUCAAGUCCUAAAAGCCAUGUCUGUACUAGUUGAAGGCAAAUUAGAAUUAACAGGCUAAACCAUUAAAAUGAGUUGGCAAAAGGGAUGCUAGAAAUUCAAGAAGACAAAAAGCAAGUACAUGUCCAACAUUAAAGGGGAGUCUCAGAAGUCAUGGUCCAAUGAUGACACCAUGGGGGUAACAGCCAGAGACACAGCUUCAUCAUACUAAAGAAUGCAUGGCCGAGUAUGUGGGGACCUAACAUCCUUGUGGAGAUAACCUGUGGCAAACCAAGAUGAAAAUCUUUUUUAGCUAAUUUUCUUUAAUGUUUCCAUUGUUCUCCAGGACUCUAUUUUAUAUUAGGGUACUAUACAAAAACUGAAACAUGGCUACAGCCUCUACUUCUUCCUCCAACACAAGAUUCCCCCAAAAUACCAG